AAAUCCAUAUUAUUAUAUUAUAUUACAAGUGCAUGGAUGAAAAAAAAGGGUUUAUUCAGAGAUGGGUAUAUACAUAAAAAUCGCAGGUAUCUUUUCAGAUUACUCUUUAAUUCUCUUUUGUAAAGUUUGGGAUUUCUUCCUUAUUCUAGUGAAAAGUGAAAAACCCUAGUAAUAAUGGGUUGGUAGAGAGAAAUCUAUUCAGUAUUCAGGGAAGAGAUGAGGGGGUCGAGACUGAUCAAGCCUCCAUGGAUUCCUACAGUAGCUUUCUUGAUCGCUUUCCUUAUAUUCUUGUUUUUACAUCAAUCUUAUGAACUAACUGGAAUGGCAGAAAAAAUAAGGCUUCUCAAUGCUCAAUCUAACGCAGGAGCCACAGAAUUGGUGCAAGUUUUGAGGAGAGCAUCCAUGGCAGACAGAACAGUCAUACUGACCAUUCUUGAUGAAACAUGGGCAAGUCCAGGCUCUGUUCUUGAUCUCUUCCUAGAGAGCUUCCGAAUUGGCCAAGGGACCAAACGGUUCUUGAAUCACCUUGUGGUUGUUGCUUUGGAUAAUCAAGCAUUUCAAUACUGCAAUUCCCUACAUCCCCAUUGCUUCCAACUUGCACCAUUUGAAUCCAAAAUUGCUGCAGAAAAGGGACUCACAAGCCCAGAUCUCCUCCUGCUCAAUAAAAUGAGAAAUGUCAUUAUGCUGCAAGUGAUUGAAUUGGGUUACAAUUUAGUAUUCACGGAAGCAGAUCUGAUGUGGUUUAGGAGUCCACUAGCAGACUUCCAUCCUACAUAUCAAAUCACAGUUCCAUGUGAUUUCACUCUUCAAAGUGGAAGAAACAAGCCCGAUAAGGGGAUCUUUUACAUGAAAUCUGAUGAUAUUGCAGUCGAGUUCUUGAAGUACUGGCAAUUCGAGAGGGUUGUAUAUCCUAACUCUCUGGAUCAAUCCCUCUGUGAGAUGACUACGCGCCUUGACAUAGUUGACAUGCUUGGAGUGAAGAUCAAAUAUCUGGACACGGGUAAUUUUGGUGGGUUUUGUGAGGGUAGUAAGGAUAUGAGUGAAGUUUACACCAUGCAUGCAGCCUGCUGCGACAAUGUAAAGAGUAAGGUCCAUGACCUGAGGCUUCUUCUCGAUGACUGGAUAAACUUCACGGCAAGACUGUCGGCGAAUGCUAGUCUGGGGCCGUCCUCUUUUUCAUGGAGAGCUCCAAAAAAAUGCAUGAGAUGAAAAAAUUGCAAGUUCUCUCAAGGUUUGCCUUGCCGAGAAUUGCAGAGAAAUUGUGCAGUAUGUCAUGUCUAAAUAAUACAUAGUAGAAUUUGACCAUGCCAAUUGGAAAUGGCCGCUUGUAACAUUCACAAAGAUGAAUCACAGCAGUUGAAGCA